AUGAGUGAAGAUAUCUUACAAUUAGAUCAACAAGUUAAGGUUGUUAACAGGAAAAAAGUAGCCAAACUUGAUCAAGAUCGUAUUCUUGGACCUAAAGGUUUACCAUAUAUUGUCAAAAAUCAUCAAAAGCUCAACAGAGUGUUGAAAAAGAAACAUACAAGUAAAUCCAAGAUAGAUAAUGAAUUACAAAACUUAGCAUCAGUAUUACAGUUUUAUCAAUUAUGGUGUCAUACAUUAUUUCCUAAAGCCAAGUUCAAAGAUUGUGUAUCGUUAAUUCGAGGUUUAACCAACAGAUCACCCGGUUUAAGAAUUUACAGAAAAGAAUUGAUUGAACAAGAAAUAAUGAAACUUAAAGUUGAACAAGGAUUGGUAGAUCCUGAAGAAUUACAAAGACAACAAGAGAAGAUUGAUGAAGUAUUAAAUGACCAAAAUAAUGACCCAGCAGAGGAAGUUGUUUCGGAUGACGAUUUCAUGCAACCAUUGAGAAUGGCUAGAAAUAAUAUAUUUGUAGACGACGAGGAGGAGGAUUUAUACACCAAUGCAGCAGUUACCGCACCUAGCGACCCAGUGUCCAAUACAACCGCACAAGCCUAUGAACCCAUUUUCUCCCAAGAACCAGAUAGACCUCAAUUGCAAGACGUCGAACCUACAUUAGAAUCUAUCACCCCUCCAAAUUUGGACAUCAUACCUCCAGAGUUAGAAUCAGUAAAUAAUACCAUGAACGAAACAAAUGACGAUGUUUAUGCAGAAGAAGAGGAACUUAUGAGAGAAAUGGGCAUGUAA